GCGGCACCGCGGUGAGGUGAUCACGGCCGGGGGAGAGGAGGGGUGCUCGCAGUUAAUGAGGAGGCGAAGUAAUUAAUCGCUUAAUAGAAGUGCUCUGGCAAGGAGAUGGCGGCUGUUACUCCAAGGAAAAGGAAUCGUAGUUCUACCACACCUGAUGGUGCACUCUUGGCUCUCAUGGCUCCAGUGAAAAAACUGAUGAGGGACUUCGGUGAGGGCUUGUCGCCAGCAAAGUCAUCUACGGAUCAUAGUUUUGCUUCUCAGAAAAAAAAUCCCCGUACAUCCAGGGAUGAGGAUAAAGAAAACCAGACUUUGCCCCUGAAAUCAUCAUCAUCAAGGGACUUGGAGAAUUCCCCGCUUCAGACAGCCAGUGUCCCAAAGGCAGCAUGUUGGGAGUUCCCAAGUAAAGUGUCCCCCAAAUCUGGUUCCACGUACAAGUCUGUUUUGCCUGCUGCAUCCUUCUACAGCAAAGAAAAAUGGUACCUCACUCCACUGGAGAGAAAGCUGGUGAAAGAAAUUCGGCCUUUCAGUCAAAGAAACAAUGAUGGAAAUCUCCCCACUGCCAACAAGACGGAGAAAGUACAGGUAAAUGUGAAGCGGGUUAGGAAUACAAGCUCAAAAGCAUCCAGGCACCCCAAGGCUGUAGCAAAGACCUCUAAGAAAGCCAAGCUGGAUACAGUCCCUGUGAAAUCUGAGGUGGAAAAGAAGAGUACUAAUGGCCUUGUGGAAAAGAAAACAGAGGAUCCGUUCAGAGUGUUAAGCAUGAAAGUAAAACCGAUGUUGAAACUCCAGAUGGGAGCUGCAUUCUUUUCCACUGGGAGGAAAUCCCACUCUGGUCCUAAAAAGCUUCCUUCAGCCCCCAGAUCUCUUCAGCCUCUCUCCAGAUCUGCUGCAGAGGAUGAUCAGGCCGGGUUGUUGGCAAAUGCAAAGGUUUGCUCAACUGAUGAAAACAAAAUUGAUGAGGCCAGCAAGGAAUCGAAACAUGCAUCUGGGCUCCAGAAGGAUGAUCAGGAAGGAGUGACGAGUAUAAGCCAAAAGGACGCUGUCUGUGAAGUAGAAGCACCUCUGCAGAAAAUCAACUGCACCCUUGCCAGUCCAUCUGGUUCCUCAAAGCCCCUGACUCCAGGGGACGUGGACUCAAAUGAAAUUGGCUCUUCUAUAACCUGUGAGUUAGAUGAUGAUGAUGAUGACGAAAUUAUUCCUUCAAGUCAGUCUCCAAGUGAGAAUAAGAAGGCAGGUUUUAUCUACCCCAUAUUCAGUACAUUCUCCAGCAACAAAAAAAGGCCACAGCCUCACCCAGAUGACUUGGCAUCUUCCCUGAGACUCAACCCACCUGUGACAAUGGCUCACACCAUGCAAAAGAACAGCAAGAAAACAAAAGACCUGAGCAGAGACUCUAAAGCCCAGAUGAUUAUUGAUGCCGGUCAGAAGCAUUUUGGUGCUGUUGUGUGCAAGUCGUGCGGCAUGAUCUAUACAGCUGCCAGCCCAGAGGAUGAAGCCCAGCACAUCCAACAUCACCAGCGGUUCCUUGAGGGGCUAAAAUACGUGAGCUGGAAGAGAGAACGGGUGGUAGCAGAGUUCUGGGAUGGGAAGAUUGUGCUGGUCCUUCCAGAUGACCCUAAAUAUGCAAUCAGAAAGGCAGAAGAGGUACGAGAACUCGUGGAUAACGAACUGGGGUUUAAACAAGUUGUGCUGCGCUGCCCGGCCAAGAUCAAAACCUACUUGUUUGUGUCCAGCGAGAAGAAGAUAGUUGGCUGUCUGGUUGCGGAGCACAUCAGACAGGCGUUCCGGGUGCUGUCUGAGCCGCACGCCCCACAGUCCCCGAACCAGGGGGUCCUGGAGUACCAUCGUGCCUGGCGUUGCUCCACAAAGCCGGAACCUGCCAUCUGCGGAAUCAGCAGGAUCUGGGUGUUCAGCCUGAUGCGGAGAAGAAGCAUCGCGCGCCGGAUGGUGGAUGUGGUCAGGAACACAUUCAUAUAUGGCUGCUACCUAAGCACUGCUGAAAUCGCCUUCUCUGACCCCACGCCCGAUGGCAAGCUGUUUGCAACCAAAUACUGCCAAACCCCCAAUUUCCUGGUCUACAACUUCAUUAGUUAAACCCAGUUCCAAACAAUCCAAAAGAAGUGAGUCAUGGCGGAGUUAUUUAGGAUGGUAAACCGUUCAUAGCAGUUUGGACAUAUUGAAAACAACCUUUUUUAACCUUGUUCCGGGGCUGUGUUUCUAUUUCAGAUGCCUAUUGAAAGCUGUGUCUUGCCUUCCCUGCCUCCGUCAAGUUUGGAGGAGCGGAAGGAAACUCGUCACUUUCUGUACAUAGUGGUGUUGCGUGGCUAACGUACUUUGCGGGGAAUGUACGUUGGAGCUAAACAAACUCGUGUUUGUUUGGGUUUUUUAAAUAGAUUUAAAGGUUAUUAUUUCAAAAUCGAGAGCGUCUAUUGCUGCAAUUUGUAAAUUGCUUAAAUGAUUUUAUUAAUAUAAAGAUGUUUUCUCUUCGCUGAUUGGGUUUAGAUAGGUUUGUCGGUUUUAGGUACUUAACUCAUCGUAUCCUCUCAAGACUCUUAAGUGGAGACGAUCGCAUUGGUACAGUGGAGACAAGAGUGGUGUUUAUUUUAGCUCUUGAGUAUACUACAAAUACUGAUUCUUCACAUCCUGGGCCAGUCGGGGGACAGGGUAAGGAUGUUCCAUCUGUCUCGCACCCUCCAGAUGAAGGGCUUGGGUUUUUUUGCCUUUUCUACAGUCUACUGCCCAGGUUGCUGAUCGCUGCUACUGCCAAGCUACCUGAAACGUGACCCAGCACAAAAUGCUUGCAACUGUAGUCGGGACGCUACAGUCCUUGGGCAUCCUUUGUAACCACCUGUCAAGGGUGAGGGCAGUAUUGGUAAUGGGCUUAGCUAACAUUUUAAGCGUUUAGUUGACCCAGGACAGGUUUUCCACCUGAAACCCAAGCCUUGAAGAUACUUUGGGAAAAUCAAGUGUCAGCCUUGUUGAAGACCGUGACUGGCACUUUGCUCUGGAGGCAGUUCCCUGACUAAUCUGUUCAAUAAAAUGCAUUUCCAAGUUA